AGAUUUUGUAUUUGGCGGUUAUGAAAGUGUCAAAUUCGCAAUAAUAAUCUUUUAUAAGUAAAAUAUUUAUUUAAAUUUAACGUGAAGAUUGCAGUGAUAAUUAUCAAUGCAGUCAUUUUGAUAAGACAUAUUUUAAUAUGACAUAAAAUUUCUGCGUUAUGUAUCAACCUGGAUCAAUAAGAAAAAUAGAAGUUAGAAACUUCGUUACUUAUUCUCAUGUUGAGUUAUAUCCUGGACCAAAAUUAAAUAUGAUAAUAGGACCUAAUGGCACAGGAAAAUCAACUAUGGUUGCUGCUAUUAUUUUAGGUCUAGGAGGAAAUCCAAAAGUUGUUGGUAGAGGUCAUAAAAUAUCAGAAUAUGUAAAACACAAUUGUGAAGUUGCUGUUAUUAACAUCUCACUUCAAGACAAUGAAGAUAAUAAAUUUAUAAAGGUGACCAGAGAAUUUGAUAUUAGAGAUAGAUCAACUUGGAAAAUCAAUGGUAAAACUGUUAAGUUGGAUGUUGUUUUACAAUGUAUUAAAGAAUUCAAUGUUCAAGUUAACAACCUUUGUCAGUUUUUGCCACAAGACCGCGUACAAGAUUUUGCCAAAAUGAACAAAUGUGAACUUUUAAGAGAGACACAACUGGCUCUUUGUAGAUUUGAUUUGAUUGAGAAACAAGACAUUUUAAUAAAAAGUAGAGAUCGACACAAACAAUUGCAGGAGUCAAUUGAUAAUAAUCAAAAGAAAUUGCAGGACUGUCAGGAUUUAAACUCUAGAUUAGAAGGGAGAGUUGAAAGUUUCAAUAAAAAGAAAAAGUAUACUGAAGAAAUUGAACACAUUGAAAGGAAAAUUGCAUGGACCAUGUAUGAAGGUUCAAGAAGUCGAUUAACAGAAAUAAAAAAAGACAAAAAACAAGCACAAGAAAUAUAUGACAAAUAUAAAAAUGACAUGCAACCUGUUGAAAAAGAAAUGUCAGAUAAAAAGAAAAUGAUUACAGAAGUACAGCAAAAUAAUAAUAAAAUUGCACAGGCAAUAAAAAAUUCAGAGUUGUCUAUAAAUGCAAAUUUAGAAAAAAUUGAAUCUGUUAAUGAAUCAAUAAAAACACUGAAUGAUGACAUGGAAAGAAAAUUGGCUGAAAUUGAACAGUGGGAUGAAGAGAUUCAGACUGCUGUGAAUAAAUUAGAAGACAUGAAAACUCUUCAAAAAGAGACAUGUGCUAAAAGCAGUGAAAGUGAAAAAACCAAACAAAUUCUUACCAAUGAAAUGACGAAACUAUCAAAAUUUCAACAAACGUACCAAGAUAAAAAGGAUGAAUUACUUCAGAACAAGCAAGAAAGCAUAUUGAGAAUCCGUGCUCUGGAAAACGAAUCAAAACAAUUGGAAAAUAUUAAACAAAACCGCCUCCAGUAUCUUGAAAGAUUGAACCCAGACGCUUACCAAGCUGUUAAUUGGCUGAGAAACAAUAAACACUUGUUUCAAGGAGAAAUAUUUGAACCUAUUAUGCUAGAACUGAAUGUUAUUGACAAUCGACAUGCAAAAUAUUUAGAAAAUGUAAUACCUUUAAGAGACAGAAUAGCAUUUACUUGUACUCAUAAAGACGAUAUGAAUUUAUUGAUCAAAUCUUUAAGGGAGGGUAAACAGUUAAGUGUAAAUGUGGUGCACUCUUGUAAUAAAGAGAAUAAUUCCUUUGAACCUACCAUAGCUAUUGAAUGCUUAAGAAAAUAUGGCUUUUACACUUACAUGAAUAGUUUGUUUACAGCCCCCGAGCCUAUAAUGAAUUAUCUUUGUAAAACAUAUCGUUUGCAUAAUAUACCUCUAGGCGAUAAAACAACAGAUAAAUACUAUGAGGAUCUGCCAGGAGAAAUUAAACAAUUUUUUAGUGAAAAAUAUAGGUAUAUUGUGAGCGUCUCUAAAUAUUCAGGUCAAAAGAGCAUUAGACAAACUGAAGUAAGUUCGGAUGGUAGCUUUUCACUAACUAUGGAUAUAGUUAAAAUGGAUCAGUUGAGGGGACAAAUAGAACAAAUAAAAAGAAGCUUAACAAAUUUUGACUCUGAAAUCCGGGCUCAUGAUGUACAGUUUGAAAAGUUGAAUGAGAAAAUGAAUGAGAUCAGAUCGAAAUUGAAGGAAAUUCAACAACAGAAACAAAAUGCACAAACUAUAACAACUAGGGUAGAAACAUUGCAGAGGAAGUUGAAAGAAAUGCAACAGCUUAAGAAAAGUCCAGACGAAAUUAGGAGUGAAAGUCAAAGGAAAGGUGAAAAAUAUUUGAAAAGCAUACCUGGGAUAUAUUCUGCUAUGCAGAAGGAAGUUGUCAAAUUGCUAGAGUUGGAAAAGAAAAAUGCGUUGAGUAUCCGAAAAAUUGGAGAGAUUCGUAAAAGGUUAGCAUACUUGGAAAAUGAAAUCAAUGACAAAAAACAGCAAUGUAGAGAAUCUGAGGAAAAUUUGAACCGCAUAAAAGAGAUAUAUAAUGAUGUAAUGGAGGAAGCUAAAGCAUUGCUAGUUAAAGCAAAAGGACUUUCUAAUGGAUUGACCCCUGCUGAUGAUGGUUUUGAUGAAUUUAGAUCUAAGUAUGAAAGUUUAACAAGUGAAAUAGAUGCACUGAAUGUACAAAAAGAACAAUUGCAAUCUCGAAUUGCAUGUUUAAAUGUAGCCGACGAUGGAGAAAUGAGGGAAUAUGAAUAUAGACUCAAACAGAUAGAUGAAUUUAGCAAAAAUCUACAAAAGUUGAAUGCUGAUAUGAAUAAAAUUACUACCAAGAUGGGGAAGUGGGAAGUAGAAUGGUUGAGUCCGUUAAAACAACUCUUAUCUGAAAUUAAUUUGAAGUUUGCUACUGCAUUUGAACGUAUGGGAUGUGCAGGAGAAGUCGGUAUUUGCACGGGGGAAAACGAUAAAGAUUUUUCUCAAUAUGGUAUUAGUAUAAAAGUUACUUAUCGUAAUGGUGAGCCUCUGCAGGAACUAAACUCAAAUAUUCAGAGUGGCGGAGAAAGGGCAGUAGCCACAGCUGCAUACAUGUUAGCAUUACAAGAACUUACACCAGUGCCCUUUAGAUGUGUAGAUGAAAUUAAUCAAGGAAUGGAUGCUAAUAAUGAACGAAGAAUAUUUGAAUUGGUUGUAGACAGUACCUGCAAUGAAGCAUCAUCACAGUAUUUUCUAAUUACACCAAAAUUAAUAUCACAUUUGAGAUACGCCCCGAAUAUGGUAAUACACAUUGUACAUAAUGGACCAUUUGUUGCUCCAGAUAAAAAGUGGGGAUUUUCAAAACUAUGUAACCCACAAAAGAUUCAUAUUGCGUAAACAUGAUUAUUCACAUAGUGGUAUUGUAUAUGAUACAUAAAGGUGUAUUUUUUGUGUUUUUCACAAUGAAUGUAUUUAUAACUCCAAUUUUUUUCCUCAGAAGGAUUUCUACAUCAAAAUGUUAAUUUGCAAUUACAUUGAACUGGUUGUAUUGUAAACUUUCCAAAAAUUAGGAUUUUCAAUUUUUUAUGAUUACACCGAUAACAAGUCCAAAAUUUGAGAUAAUUGAGGUAAUAAUUAUUUUAAUUUUAAGUACAUAAACACUUACUUAGGAUUAAAAAAUCAGAAUUUCUUGUAAUACAUUUACGAUGUUAAGUCAUGGUCACAUUUCGUUUUGAAGUGUUUAAUUCAUGACAAAUUAUGUAAUGACGUUCACAAUCUGCAGUUGUUACUUUUUGUGCAUAAUUUUGUUAUUGUUUAAAGCUAUUGCAAGUUGACCAAUUUUGGAUUGGUAGCUAAUUUUAUCCAUUAUUAUAACACUCAUUUGUUAGAGGUAUCUUUAAAAAAAAUCAUGUCUUUAUGGUAGCCUCUAUAGACGUUUUCAGAAAGCUCUUACAACUAGGGCAUAUAUAUUUGAAUUGAAUAAUUAAGGAAAAGCAAAUCUUUGAAAUGGCAAUUUUGUGGCGCGAUUGGAUUUGAUAUUUUCGAUAUAUUCGAAUUCUUGAAAUAAGAAUAAUUUUUACUUAUCUGUUUAAUAUCCAUUUUACUAUAAUUUCAGCCAAUAGGAUUUUUUGUCAUCUUGGUCUGUAAGCACAACCUUUUGUACAGAUGUCUCUCUAUUAUCACUGUGAAAUUGUGAUAUGAAUCUUAUUAAUAUCAUAUUUAAUUAUAUAUUCUACGUUUUGUACCUAUAUAAUUUUUUAUGUAAGAAACUAUUUGUGAUUUUAAAUUCUUAAGGAAAUGUCUAUAUAUGUAUAUCUGUUUUUAAUAAAACUUACUUGAAAUUUUA